CAGACCGGAAUAGAUAGUCGGUAUUCGAGAGGUCGAUGAGAAAAGUGUCUCUGCGAAAGAUAGUUACUUUCAUCACGUCUUAUUAAAAGAGUGUAAUAAGGAGAAUAAUAUUCAUCUCUAGUUCAGGCUAUUGAAAUUUUAAGCCUUCUUACAUAUAAAAACGUUCAACGGACACACGGAGAAAGGAUUUUUGACAUCUUUUCCAGCUUUUUCUCAUCUUUAAGAUGACGCCUCUGUUCUGCUGGGUGUUCCUGUUGGCGUUGGUGGGCCGUGCCGCGAGCCUUCCAGCACCUCUCGUGAAUGACGCUUGCGCUCUGGUCUGUAAUCCUGGCGCGGAAACCGAGGGUGAGCGAGAACGGAGAGAGAGGGAUCCGAACCAAUAUCCCCGAUAUCCCAAGGGAGUCUGCAAGCUCCAGUCCAAGUCCGACCACGACCAAGCAAAGGUUCUCGUCAGUCACUGUUUGAAACUGUGCGCUAACGACUUGUCAGAGGCCUCCGAGCUAAACUGUUUCGUUCUGAGGUCGUCCAUCGAGAGCGAAUUAGGAUGUUACUGUCCAGCCUUGGUACCUUUAAGCCCAAACACCAUGCGCCUCCACGAGAACUGGAGGAUUACACAUUUGGUGAACGAGCUGGCGAAAGAUCUCGUCAGCAAUAUCUUCAAUUCACCGAUCGAGCAAGGUGUCAUAUGCGAACUUCACCAAGAGACGUUCCCGAUCAGCGUCGCCGUCGAGGGACAAAUCGGUGCGAAAUGUCGAUCAUACAGUACAGAGACGACAACGGAGUCCGAGCAACGUAGCAAACGAGAUGCUGGUGAGGGAAUUUUCAUGGAAAAAUUGAGGGAUUCCAUUCGACACCCCGAGGAAAAGGAGAAUAUUGCAGAGCCGCAAAAGGAAGAUAUAAAAUAUACUUCGCCGGAACGUGUAAUGGAAUCUACAACGGAACAUUUUCUGGAGGAACUAGAAGACUCAAUAAAACCUAUGACUUAUUUUGAACGAAUGGAUUACAGUCGUUACUGCGAAGUGUCAUGUCGCUCUAGCAAACCUGAUAGUCAAUGCCAGUGUGAACAAUGGAAGCAACAGCAAAAAAAGCAGAAGUUAUAGAAAUAAGAGGUAACGCACAAAGUGCAUGUAAGAGCGAAUAUUAAUUUAUAUAUCUCAUAUUCGAUUCACUAUUCGGUUCACAGUGCAUUACUAAAUGCAGCUGUAGUAAUUAAGCAAACAGAAGAAUGUUGUAAGAAAGAAUAAUCUAAAGCGUAUAUAUAUAUGUACAGUUUUUUUUCACAAUUUUAGUUAUUUAAAUUGAUAUUUCUUCCGGUAACUCAAUACGUAGUCUAAUUUUUACAUAAGCAGUACAAAUUAACAAAUUAUUAUCUAACAGUUACGAUGUUAUGUUACUCAAUAAUUGCGUAGUAUGUGUAAUUUCAGAACGUAAUAUUAUUGUAAAAGAUUAAUAAUUUAUUAUCGUCUUGCCGAAAUAACAGCAGAAUACAAUUUCGUAUAUUAUUAUGUUUACGUUAUACAAAGAAAAUAAUUUUUUAAA